GGAGCGUUGCCAGGCGCAACACAACACAGCUCCUGGUGCAUCACAGAGGUUUCUGGGGCAACUGCAUUGUGCUGCAUCUCCUUCCUCCCACCAGCCAGAGCUGCUGCAUUGCCAUGGCAGCCUCCAAGGAAAGCAGCAUCUUCCCUUCCCAUCCCUACCAUAUCCCUGGCUACGAGGGCUUCAUCCCCCAGUACCGCUUCCAGGCCGGGGAGACCUUCGGCAGAGCCACGCACCGGCUGCUGAGCGGCCCCACCGCUGCCCGCGGCCCCACCGCUGCCCGCGGCCCCCGCGCUCUGCCCGCGCCGCUGCAGAAGCCGGAGGUCAUUGAGGACUUCAGUGGGGACAAGCACGGAGGCCAGGGCCGCCCCCCCGGGCACCCAGGCUCCUUUCCUUCGCUACAAGGGGCUGAAGUCCAGGGUGAUGGGAACCCCCCACUCAGCCUCUCCUCCCCCUUACCUCGCUGUCAUUCCACAGGGUGCUUUCCCUAUGAGAGAGCUGGGGCUACAGCGACCUUCCCUGACCCACUCCUUCAGGCCAGGCUGCCUCGGCUGAAGCCGGAGCUGGCCGAGGAAGAGCUGACCAUGAUGCAGACGGACCCUGAGCCCCGGGAGCACCCCGGCGAGCACGUCCCGAGGACACAGGUGCUUCGGGAAUACCCCCCCAGUGUUCCACGCUAUCCUGAGGCCGAAGGGCGAGAGUGGCUGACACGAAGGUGUGGACCCGGCCAGUGCGGUGGUGCCUGGGCAGGAAGCGCACCAGGGCAGGUGACAUUGCCACCGCUGACCCAGGAGCCCAUGAGAACCAACGGGGCCGAGGAGGAGGAGUUUUGGUUGGCAGAAACAGAGCUAUCAAACGUGAUCCAGCAGAAAGUCAUCACAGGGUACACUGGAUUCAUCCCCCGCCUCUCCUGGUUUCAUGGUGUGAACUACAUCCGGAGCGUGGAGGAAGCAAUGAAGGAAUUUGACCAACACCAGUUUAUGUUGAGAAACCCAUGUUACAGCUUUGGCAAGAGGUAUCCCCAGACUUACUGGCCUACCAAUAGAAUUUACACCAGUGCUGGACUGAUACCUUCCUACAUGGGCUUUGUACCAGAGCUCCGGAACGUCUAUGCACUGACUUAUGGAAACAGCACCCGAAAAGCUUACCAAAAGGAACAAGAGAAACGAGCUCGUGCACUGUGAAAAAUGCUUUAAUGGUGCCUGUACAGCAGUUGAAGUGACUUUUGAGACAUAAAGAGGAACACAACACAGA